AUGUCCGACACCAAAGCGUUGCGACAUCGAGUCGGCUUUUCAGCUUACCAAGAGAAUACCAUAUUGCAACGGCGAAACCCAACUUCGCCAGCUCCCCAACUCACCCUGUCAGCUCCACAGUCGAACUCUCGAAGCCUCAGUACGGCUUCUGCAAUGGUCUGGAUGCCAGAGGAACAGAUGUGGCUUAUCGCUGGUGAGAUGCAGCGAGAUGUCAUCUCGAGUCAUGAACCGCAACCAGCGCCGCCAGCUUACACACCAACUUACAUACCGAGGAAUUGCACCCGCUCUGAACCGUCUCCUACCAUUCGGUCUCAUCAUGACCUCACACCGCCUAUGACUCCCGUCCAGGUCCAGCUUGAACGUCUCCUCGAGCAACAACGACGAGAGCCACUUCCCCAGCCGCCAUCAAUCCUACGAGACGAGGAGAGAUUUUCACCAUUGUUCCAGGAAGCCAUGAACUCCGUCCCGAUGCUGGAUCCGGCGGAGCUCGCUCCUCCGUCUUUAUUCUCGAAUCCAGCAGGGAAAGAUAGACCACGUACUGCGGGCACUCCAGCUUUGCGGUCGCAGAACUCGACCGCGAUAGACCCGAGAUCAAGAUCUCUGUCUGUGGAUAGGCAAGCUGCUCAUUCGAGGAACAUUUCAUCGAGCACCAACAGCUUUCAUAGCGCUGUGGAGGACUUAAAUGGAGACGCCAAUUCUGCUCCACGGUCGUGGAUUGGUUUAGCUAGGAAGAUUGCGAGACCGGCGUCUGCGACACGUUGA